AUGGAGGAUUAUAGAUUAAAGACCUAUAAUGAUAACAGAAUGCAGAUAGAGCUUUAUUAUGGACGCCCCUCUGCCAGUCCUAAUGAUUUCUGGUCGUACAGUACUCCAUAUGCUUCUUCUUCUUCUUAUUAUUAUGUAGCGCCGCCGUCUCCUCUGGGGCCAACUGUGCCGCCGGCGGUUCUAGGCCCACCACCGCCGAAGGACUGGAAGCUCAAGAAAGGCAAAAGCACAACAAAAGUUCCAACCAUUUUAGUGUUUGGAGAUUCAUCUGUUGAUGCUGGGAAUAAUAAUCAGAUUUCGACUGUGUUGAAGAGCAAUUUUAGGCCAUAUGGUCGAGAUUUCUUUGGUGGGAAACCCACGGGGAGAUUCUCAAAUGGCCAUAUUCCUCCAGAUUUUAAUUCUGAGGGAUUUGGGCUUAGGCCAUUUAUGCCUGCUUAUUUAGAUCCCAUGUCUAGCAAUUUCAACUAA